GUUUUCUGAAAGUCUAGCCAGCUGCAGAACUUGAGAUGGUUAGGUUUACCGUCCCCCUCUUGUUGUUUGCUUUCGUAUCCUGUCAAAAGUACCCAGGAUACAAAAACCCACGUGGUUCACCAGCACUUGACUUACUGACUGGAGGGGUGAGUGAAUUCAUCGUGGACGGCAGGACUUACGGAACUGAUCUACCCCCACUUCUGACCGGAGAAGCCAGUUUCCGGAGAUUUGAAGAAAGUCGCUUUAGAAGACCAGGCGAUUUUAAGGAGCAGUUUAAGAGAAGCAAUUCAUUUAAUGUGGGACAAGGCGGUGAAAUUUCCUUUCAAUCACCACGUAGGUCUGAUAUUUAUCCAGGUGGUAGGGGUAAAAAUUCCCAGGGUAGAAAAUUUAAGAACAUUCCAUGGGCACCCAGACCGAUUCCCUCAAAACCAUUCAACCCCAUUUUAUCAAAUGGUAAUUUCCGCUCAAGCAGGGGUGGGGAAUGGAACACAUUAAAUAUUGGUGGACGAGCAACAUUUCCCUAUACAUCUGGAUCUCUUAUUCCCAGACACUCUUCAUAUGGAGGCAGUGAUUUCUCUGGAGCUGAAUAUCCCGAAAUUAAAGAUGAUGAAGACUUCAAGUUUCGACAUAGAAACACACAAAGAAGAGGUUUUGGUACAGAAACUUUGAAUACAAGAAAAGAAGAAUUUUCUGACUUUCCAUAUGAGCGAGAUUCCUUUGGAACAAGUUAUCCAGUGGACGACAGUCAAACUAAAUUUAGUACACGUCGGAUAUUUGGAAGAAAUCCAGUAAUCAACCUACCAAAGCCUGUAGAUGGCAUUUUUGAUAACUUUGGCAUCGAUCGGAGUGAAAUUAUACAUGGCGAUGAUUUAGUUAGUUUUGGAAGAACUCGUGGAACAAAUGUCCUUAGUGGGAUAGACCGUUCUUUUCAAACCUUUAGAACAGGUCCCAGAGCAUACCAAUCAGAUGGUUCAUCUUUCUCGCGGUUUGAUGCCACAGGGGUAAAUAAUAUACAACCGGAGUUCUCAAGACAGAAUUUGGGAGGCGGUAUAUUUGAAAACAAUGGCAUAUCAGAAUUACCAAGAGUCGGGAGGAUACCUACUGUUAAAAAAUAUUAAGUUCCAUAGGUUUAUGGUAUAAUCUUUGAAUUUUCAACAGAUGGCAAUCCAAUGAGCAAUCGAUUUUGAACGAAAGAGUUAUUAAAUAAAUAUUGGUUUCUGAUA